CGACGAGGCGGCACUCAGACUCCAGACGUCGCCGAGCUGCUUCCGCUCCGCCUCUCACCACCAUCCCUGCCCUCCCUUCGCGUGACUUGGCUCGGCCCGUCGCACCUGCUGCUGCGCCGACACCUCGCUCUCUCUCGCGCCGCCGUCGUCUGUGCCGCUCGGAGCUGUCCCACGGGCCCUGCGAGCGCACUCUCAUGAGCGCCAAGUCGCCGCGCUCGCCCACCGCCGAGUCUGCGGGCGCCUCCAAGCGCCGCCCGCUCAAGCCCAGCGGCGGCCGGCGCAGCGGUGCCAGCGGCCUCGGCGCCAAGCUCGGUGCGCCGCGCCGCAGCAGCGAGAGUCUCGGACAGGAGUCUGCCUCGCUCGACGCCUCGCCGCCGACGGCGGGCGUGUGGACGAACGCACGCGCGCCGCGCACCAAGCGCUCCUUCGACCUGCCCAGCGCCUCCUCGUCCAUCGACAGCGACAUGACGGCGCCGCGCGGCUCUGCCAGCGAUCUGGCCAGCAUGGGCGCACCCUCGCCCAGCAAAACGCCGCGCAAGCUGCUCAUGCCCACGAUCCCGACGCGCCGCGCCUCGAGCAACGAGGCGCAGCAGAGCGGCACCGACGGCGGCAGCUCGUCGCCCCUGGAGAAGAAGUCGAAUAUCCAGUCGAUUGCCUCGGCCAUCGCGGCGCGUGCCACGCUCGUCGCGGCCGAGAACGCAGCGAAGCGUGCAGAGGCCGAGCGGCUCGCGGCGCUGGCUGCGGCAGACCCGCAGCCGCCGGCGGAGAGCGACGCGGCGUCUCCGCUCGCCUCGCAAGAUGCCGUGUCGCAGGCUUCAGUGUCCGAGGCUGCGAGCACGCCGCGCGCAACGACGCUGCCGCUGCAGGAGGCCGCAGCGCCGGCGCUGCUGCCCUCGCUGAGCACCGGCAACGCGGCACGGCAGAGAGACAGCGUGCUGUCGCAGGACAGCUCGCGCUGGAGCCGCAGCGAGCUGGCCGACUUUGGCCACCUCACCAGCCACGUCGACUUCAGCGGCAUCCUGCCGGAGGACGAGAACGAGUCGGGCAUGGAGACGAUGCGCCCGGACGCCGACGUGCCUAGCGAGUCGACAUCCGAGCGCAUGAGCGGCUCGGCGCACAGCCAUGCGUCGCACUUCAGCACGCCCAAGCUCGUCUUCCACGACUCUGAGUCGCACGAGCCGAGCAAGCGCAGCUCUGCUGCCUCGAACGACUCGGCACAGGUCGCCUACAUGCGCGAGGAGAAGGAGCAGCUCGCCUCGCCUGCCUCGGUGUCGUCGCUUGCUGGCCUCGGCAUCGGCGGCGCCAGCAACAUCAUGCCGGCGCAGUCGAAGGUCGCAUCCGGCAUGCCCAACAGCGCAUCGUUGGCCAGCAUCUCGAGCUUCCAGACUGCGCACGAGGACGCGCCUGGACCCAGCAGCCGCUCUGUGACGUCUCCAGCGUCGCCGCAGACGCCGGCGCUGACGAGCGAGAUCACUGCCAAGCUAGCCUCGCCAAUCGGCAGCAUUGGCAAGAAGAGUCGGCCGGCCGCACUCGCACUGGAUGCGAGCCCCGCCAGCCACUCCUACUCGAACUCGCCCGGCAUCUCUCGCGGCCUGCCCAGCCCGAUCGCACGCGGCAAGACUCCGCCGCCGACAAACCCGCCCAUGGAGCCGCUACCGCCGCUGCCGACGACGCCCUCGGGCGUGUCGAGCGCGCGUCUCAGCAAGGGCUCCUUCACGAGCCAGUCGCGCAGCAACUCGCUGCACCGACUACGUCUCUCCAGCGAUGCCUCUGACCCAUCACAUGGCGCGGGCAAGCGCAGCUCCGGCGACAGCACCACGUCUGCCCCUGCUGCUGCUGCUGCCGGCCUGCGCUCUCCGCCCGUUCUGUCCUCCUCGGCCGGCAACUCGCCCUCAGAAGCGACGCCUUCAUCCUCCUCAGCGGCGCUGUCGCGCGCGACCGGCUCAAUGAAGAGCAAGGCAUCUACCGCCACCGCGAGCUUCGUCGCUGCACACCACAUGCAGACGCACGCUGGCGCAGAGCACGCUGAGGCACUGCUGAAGCGUAUCGAGCCCGAGAUGUCAUACAACGACCGCCGCGCCUCGCUGCGUGCCGCCGCCAAGCAGCAGCAACCGCAGCAGGUGUCGCCCUCUCAGGAGAUUAUGCUGGAGGAGCCGAGCCGGGACGACGAGCGCCGCAUCAGCGCAGGCAGUACCUACUCUACCGAGUCGGCCGCUGUUGGCGCUGGCCAGGAUGCCGAGGAGCUCGGACAUGUGCGCGAGGAGGCUGAGGACGAGGAGGAGGAGACUGCUGUGCUCAAGACUGCCACGCGCCAUGAUCCCCCGGCGGCCCCGGCAGCCGGCUCCAGCGGGCCCACUAGCUCGCCGCAGCGUCUGUCGGCAGUGCGCGUCGACUCUGCGCCCGUGUUGCUCAAGGCCGCAAAGGUGGCCGCGUCGCGUACACUCUCGCCCGGUCGUGCGGCCUCAACAGCGGAGCAAGGCAAGACUUCUCCGUCUGCGGCAGCAGCUUCGAAGGCUUCGCCUGCUGAAGGCGACGCUGCAGAGGCGUUCGCCACGCCCGGCACGACGCCUACGCCUGGACAGGAAGCGCGCGCGGCUGCUCCGGACGAGCAGAGCGCCUCGGUCGACUUGACCUCGGUAGACACGACGUCCUCCUCCGUCAUGCCUGCGUCGACGGUUGACGAGGCCGCGGCGUCUACAGACACAGCUCUCGCUGUGCCGACAGCCGACGAGGCGCCAGCACCGGCAGGCUCGGCCCUGCCCGCGAGCAGCAGCAAGGGCGACAGCUCGCUGUCUCACGCUGCAAGCUCGCUCUACACGCCCAGCUCGGAGGUCAGCGAGGCGCGCCUCUCGUACCUCAGCUCUGAGGACCAGCGGCAGACCUCUAUGCAGUCUCGUCGCGGCGAGAUGGAGGCGGAGCGCAGCGCCUCCAAGCCCGGGAGCCUUGAACGGAUCAAGCGCGCGGAGGGCCGCUUCUCGGGCGCCUUUGGCGAAAUCGCCACUGCCUUCAAGCAGCUGCAGUCGGAGAAGCGCGCGCUUGAGGUCAUUGUCCGCGAGACGACGCCCCUCGCGGGCAUCAACGACGGCGAGGGCCUGGGCCGCUACCUCUCCACGAUGUCGCAGAAGCUCGAGCUCAGCUCCGCCGAGAUCCGCAAGCUGCUCGACCUGCUCGACCAGCAGCGCACGGUCAUGGACUACAUGCUCGACACGCACCAGCUCGAGCUCGACACGGCCGACGACGACAAUGACGAUCUGCGCGAUGCGCUCGCCGUCGCCCUCGAGCACGCCGAGACGCACGAGGACUCUGCGCGCAGGCUUGGCGAAGAGCUCGAGCAGGCCAACCUCGCGGCACAGAGUGCGCGCACAGACGCGCAGAAGGUCCGCACGCGCCUUGCCGACGAGGAGAACCAGCGCGAGCGCGCUGUUACGCUGCUGCGAGCUGCGCGCGACGAGCUGCAGAAAGCCGAGCGCGAGCGCAAGGAGGCGCAGCAGCGCCACCUCAACUCGGAGCAGGAGGCCUCGCACGCGCGCAGCAUGCUCAGCUCGCUGCAGGAGCAGCUCACGCUCGCGACGAACCGCCUCGACUCGGACACGGUGCAGCGCAACCUCAGCAAUGUCGGCCUGCGUGACGAGCUCGAGGAGGAGCACGCGCAGCACAUCAAGGAGCUCACCGAGGAGCACGAGACGCAGUACUCGGAGCUGCAAGAGCGCCUCGCCGCUGCCGAGAAGGAGCUCGACAAGGCUCGCGUCGCCGGCUACACCGAAGGCGCCAAGGUCAUCGACCCGCGCGACGAGCAGAUCAAGGCUCAGGCUGCGCAGCUCGAGCGCGUGUACGAUGAGAUGGCCGACGCCAUGUCGGACAAUGUGCUCGCGCGCAAGCGCAUUGCCGAGCUCGAGGACCAGAUCCGCGGGCGCGGCGACAUUGGCCUGCUGAAGCGCCAGUUCCUCGAGGCGCAGCAGCGGCACGAGGCACGCAGCAACGAGCUGCACAAGCAGCUCAAGGAGGCGCAGCGCGCGCACGAGAUCUCGCGCGCCGACAUGCAGAAGACGCUGCAGCUCACCUCCUUUGUCAACGGGGCUGACGGCCAGACCGCCAAGCAGCUCGUCGUCGCCCGGCGGCAGCACGACGAGGCGCGCGCGGCGCAGAAGCAGGCCGAACAGGACCUGCAGAAAGCGCUCGCCGACCUCAACGCUUUGAAGGAAGCGGCCGCGUCGCAAGCCGACGCGAGCAAGCGCGCGGACGAGAAGGACGUCGGCGACACGUCGACAUCCUCAAGCCCGCCAAACGACGGUGCCGCGCAGAGGCUCGCCGAGGUCGAGCGCGAGCGCGACGACAUGCUGCGCCGCAUGCAGCAGCAGGAGAAGGACAUCGCCGAGCUGCGCGCCGCCAUCGCGCUGUCGGCCAACAGCCCUAGCGAGCUCAAGACGAGCGACCCGCUGCAGCGUUCGGCCAACGUGGGCCGCGAGACGCAGGUCUCGGCGCUGAUGACGCAGCUGGCCGAGCAGCGCGCACGCGAGACGCAGAUCCGCUCGGCGUACAAGCAGGCGCGCGACGAGCUGCGUAAGAUCCAGUCGGCCCAGUCGUCGGACCGCAAGCGCCACAACGCCAGCCUGAGCUACCUCGCAGGUGCCACCGGCAUUCCGCACUCCGGCUCGAUGAGCAGCAUGGACGCCGCAUCGCCCUCCACCUCGUAUGCGCCGAGUUCGCGCUCGUCGACCAUCAACGGCAGCGGCAAGAAGCUCAAGCGCCUCAGUCUGCCGCUUGCCGCGCAUCCGGCCAGCCCGGGCUUCGCCUCGACGGCGGAGGGCUUCUCGCUGCGCCCGGACACGGCCUCGGGCGCCAUCGGCGGCGGCCGCUUCAACCGCGCGCCGUCCACCGAGCUCGGCCACGGCAUCGGCCAGGACAGCCCAAAGAGCCUCAGCUCCGUCGACGGCCGCGGCGAGUCCUGGGGCUCCAGCUCGUCGGCUGUCGCCGAGCAGGACCACGAGGACGAGGAGGAGCUGUCUCCCUGAUCGCACCUCAACACCUUUCGACUUCUUCGGCUCGCCCUGCGACACGCCUCGCGCUGUCCGAGGCUAGCCAGCGGCGCGUCCGCUUUUGCCCUGCUUCCUUUGCUACUCUCGUCUCCAUCACAUGUAUCCUCGGACUGUGCAUCUGCUGCUUCUCCUGCUCUCUCGAAAUGGUGACAUUCUCCAUC